AUGUCCUCCGAAACUGCCCCUCUCCUUCCUCUUCCUCCCACCCUCCCAUUCGCCAUCACGGUAUACGAUUCCCAGCUCUCCCACCCUGAACGGACCGACCACUCCCCUCCUUAUUUCCGCGACUCCCCCCUUCGGCUCAUCGGCUUCGACCUCGGUGUCGUCCUCCGCCAUGCGCUCCAAAUCCCCAAUAUCUUCCUCCCGGUGUCCCCGCGCUCCGAUAUUGGGUUCACGGGCGUCAUCUCUCAGGUGGUCUUCACGGUCGUCUCGCUCGGAUUGACGGGCUUGGCGGUGUCCUCACUCGUCGCGGGGCUACCUACGCCGAUUUUGGCGGCGGUGGUACUGGCGGUGACUAUGAUGGUGAUGAGCAGGCUGCAGGGGCAGGUUAAGAUGGAUCAUGAUAUGGAGGACAAGUACGCGGAUGAGGCUUGGUUAUUUGUCAACGGCAUAGCCACCUCCGCUUCCGGCCUCCAGCUCAUCCUCACCCGCCUGAACGUCCUCUUCGGCCGACGCGUCACCGGGAUCCACAACAAGACAUUUGGGAUAUGGUGGGACCUGGUCGAGUGUCUGCUGCAGCGGGACUUUAUGUGGGCGACGGCGGAUGUGCGGGUGGGGUACGAGACGAUCUGCCAGCACAUCCGGAAUCCAGCCAAGAAGAAGGUCGUCCUCAUGGCGCAUAGUCAAGGAGGGAUUAUCAUGUCCGCAUGGGUCGACCAACUCCUCUCCGACUUCCCCGCCGACGCGCUCCGCAAGAUCGAGAUCUACACGUUCGCAUCGGCCGCUAAUCACUUUAGCGUCCCUUCCUCCCCUGUCUAUCCCGGCGCAGAAGCAGACGCCAUCACGGCCGAUGCGGAAGCGGCCAGUGCGGGGACGGGGACGGCAACGGCAACGGCGCAUACGGAAUCGACCGGGACUGGAUCGAGGCAGAUUGGGCGGCGGUUCGUUUUUGGGGUCGUGGAGCAUUUUGUCAAUACAAAGGAUUAUGUGUCUCUUAUCGGUCUUAUCGAAUUCGCACCUCACCCACCCGCCACCACCGUCCCGGGCGUCUUACCCGCCCAAGCCGCCGAAGGCCGAUUUGCAGGCCGCAUCUUCCGCCGGGAAGGGCAUACCGGACAUCUCCUCGUUGCGCACUACCUGAAAGAGGGAGACUGUAUACUCGACUACCCCGCGGUCAGGCAGUACAGCCAGCUCACCAAGUACCUCGGCGGUCGGCGGGCCGAGGUGGAGGAUCGGUAUUGGAAAGCGACGGUCGUUACUCAGCCGACAGCUACCCCUCCGGCGGUCUGA